GAGGUUUUCAUAAAGUGUUUGGCAAAGACCCUCUCAGUCCUGCACAGCCUCUCAAGAGGGACUCAAGAGGUACUGGUUCUCACUGGUCAGCUGCAGCAGAUUUGUGUGUGAGUUCUUUCCUGCGUGUGUGUGACCAUGCGUGGUGUGUGCGUGUUCCUUUUGGCAUGCAUCAUGCCGCUAUCCGUCGCCAUGCCAGACAGGCAGGACCCGUUUCUCUGGCUGUCCGCCCUGCAUGGUCGCGGUUACAACGAGGGCUCCCUAUUGGCCGACACCACCGGGGGGGAGUGUCCUGAUGAGUGUGACUGCCCGCCCUCCUUUCCCAUCGCUAUGUACUGUGACGGACGGGGGCUGACAGCCAUGCCCACAGUGCCCUCCAGGAUGAAGUACCUGUACCUGCAGCACAACGAGAUCACCGCCCUGCCAGACUCCGCCCUGGCUAACACUACUAACCUAGUCUGGGUCAUGUUGCAUCACAACGCGCUGUCUACAGACAAAAUCGGCAAGAGGGCGUUUGCCAAGCUGCAAGGGUUGGAGCGUCUGUACCUACAACAUAACAACCUGACUGGUGUUCCCCCCAACCUGCCACGCUCACUACGAGACCUUAGACUCAACAACAACAACAUCAACAAGAUUACGCCAGAGGCCCUGGAGGGCAUGGGCAACCUGACCAUCCUGUAUCUCCAUGACAACGCUCUGACGGAGAUGGGCACAUCUCUUAGGGGGUUGAACUCACUCACACUCCUCGACGUCAGCGGCAACAAGCUGAAAAAGGUUCCAGACAGCCUCCCAGAGCGCAUCCACCAGCUGUACCUGGAGUCUAAUGCCAUCAGCGCUGUCCCAGAGGGAUUCCUCAGUAAGUUCUCCCAGCUGCAAUACAUUCGCAUGGGCCACAACCAGCUGACGGACAAGGGCAUCCCUCCCAACACCUUCAACGUGACUGGCCUGGUGGAGCUGGACCUCAGCUUUAACCAGCUGGAGAGGAUCCCCCCCGUCAGCCAGACGCUAGAGCACCUCUACCUACAGGCCAACCACAUCAAAGAGUUUACCCUGGGUAGUUUCUGUAGUGUCGUGGACGUGAUUAACUUCUCCAAACUGAGGACGGUGCGUCUGGAUGGGAAUGAGAUCAGCACCAGGGAUGUCCCCUCCGACUCAGUCCUUUGUCUGCGCAUGGCCAACACCAUCGAGGUGUAACACUCCCCUCUCACCACCAGGCUACAGCACCAUCUAGGUGUAACACUCCCCUCUCACCACCAGGCUACAGCACCAUCUAGGUGUAACACAACCAUCUCACCACCAGGCUACAGCACCAUCAAGGUGUAACACUCCCCUCUCACCACCAGGCUACAGCACCAUCUAGGUGUAACACAACCAUCUCACCACCAGGCUACAGCACCAUCUAAGUGUAACACUCCCCUCUCACCACCAGGCUACAGCACCAUCUAGGUGUAACACAACCAUCUCACCACCAGGCUACAGCACCAUCAAGGUGUAACACUCCCCUCUCACCACCAGGCUACAGCACCAUCUAGGUGUAACACAACCAUCUCACCACCAGGCUACAGCACCAUCAAGGUGUAACACUCCCCUCUCACCACCAGGCUACAGCACCAUCAAGGUGUAACACUCCCCUCUCACCACCAGGCUACAGCACCAUCAAGGUGUAACACAACCAUCUCACCACCAGGCUACAGCACCAUCAAGGUGUAACACUCCCCUCUCACCACCAGGCUACAGCACCAUCUAGGUGUAACACUCCCCUCUCACCACCAGGCUACAGCACCAUCAAGGUGUAACACUCCCAUCUCACCACCAGGCUACAGCACCAUCAAGGUGUAACACAACCAUCUCACCACCAGGCUACAGCACCAUCAAGGUGUAACACUCCCCUCUCCCCACCAGGCUACAGCACCAUCAAGGUGUAACACAACCAUCUCACCACCAGGCUACAGCACCAUCAAGGUGUAACACAACCAUCUCAACACUGGAAUGCAGCAUUUCCAGUACACAUUUGCAACUCUCCUAUUUCCUGAACGGAGGGCAGCAGUUUGAUCGUCACUAGUUACCAAAGCCACAAAGUCAUAAUUAUUAUUAUUAUUAUUAUUAUUAUUAUUUCUAUAAUAUAUUAGCCAUUCAGCAGACACUUCUAUCCAGAAUGACUUGCAGUCAUGCAUGCAUACAUUGGGUUGUCCUGGGAAUCGUGCCAAGCGCUGCCAACUGAGCUACAAUUUCUCUGCCAAAAAUUGGAUUUUAAAUCUAACCCUAACCUUAACCACACUGCUAAACGUAUGCCUAACCUUAACCUUAAAUGAAGACUGAGAAGCACAUUUUUGCUUUCAUUAAUUUUGACAAUAUAGACAAUUUUGACUCUGUGGCUGUGAUAACUAGUGACAAAGCAGCAGUCCUAACUUUAGCAUCACAUUGCAAUUCUCCAAUCUCACCAAGAAGGGGCAGCAGAGGGUUAUGAGACACAAAGGCACACCAAGUUUAUUUUGGUUUAGUUUGUUUUACUAAUAUCAUUCAAAAGGACAUUAUCAUACAUCUCCAUAUCAGGACAAGUUGUUUUCUAAACUUUAGAAAUAGAAUGUUCAAAGCAUGUUCAAAGUCAACUUCAUGUCAACUUUUGACGGUCAGAAAAAAAUGAUGGACGAAUGGUGGUUCUGGCCAUAAUUUACGUUGUCUGACAACAUAUGAGCCUCAGAGAAAUGCCAUUGGCUCAGAUCUCUGUGUUCCGGCCCUAACCCGAGUAGGGAUGUAACUGUUGUGAUUUAUGAUUGAGAUUUAUGAUAUGAAAGACAUGUAGGCAUACUGCAUGUAUUGGUAUUAGUAUUGACUAAGGGCCUUGGUGUUUUGAUGUCCUUUACAGGGCUUUCUUCUUGACUUAAUAAAGGUAUUCAUGUUUUACUAAGACUUAA